UGGCUGGCCUGGCUCCCACGAGGGGUCGCAAGCAAAAGAUUUGCAAAAGGGUUUAUUGUUUCUUUGCUUUCGGGAGCUGAAAUUGUUUGCUACCCCUCAGUUCUUCAAUCAAAUUUCCAGACGAAAAUAAAAUGGCAGGAGGAAAGGCAGGAAAAGACAGCGGGAAAGCCAAGGCCAAGGCGGUGUCGCGCUCCCAGAGGGCUGGGCUGCAGUUCCCAGUGGGUCGUAUCCACAGACACUUGAAGACUCGCACAACCAGCCACGGCCGCGUCGGAGCCACAGCGGCCGUCUACAGCGCCGCCAUCCUGGAGUACCUCACCGCUGAAGUACUAGAGUUGGCAGGAAACGCCUCCAAAGACUUGAAGGUGAAGCGUAUCACUCCCCGCCACUUGCAGCUGGCGAUCCGCGGCGAUGAGGAGUUGGAUUCUCUCAUCAAAGCAACGAUUGCUGGUGGAGGUGUCAUCCCUCACAUCCACAAAUCCCUCAUCGGGAAGAAGGGCCAGCAGAAGACUGCGUAGACGCCUCGUUGACCGGAAAUUUGGGGGCUUGGGCUUUGUUCGGACCAGGAGUUCACAUUUGUUCUUUUCUGUUAUUAAUAUUAUAGCAAACGAAGAGUGAUUGUUAGACUUUGUGUUGGUAUAUUUCUCCCGUAAAUAGUUAAAAGUACAGAAAACCCCCUUAACUGCAGUAAAUCCUUUUUUAUGUCAUUGUAGUCCGUUUGACUGGGGAGUUCAUGAUUAUUGAAAUGACCGUGAAUUUGUUUGAUUGGCCUGGGAAUAUGUGAUGUUUUAUACUGAAAUUGUUUAAAAAAAAAAAAACGUUUUUUAUAUAAAGAAAAUCUUGUUUUGUGGUUAUUUUUCCUAAAGUUACAAUAUUUCCUAUAACCUGUUUUUUUUUGUUUCUUUUUAAAUGAUGGUUGAUUUGGUAACAGCAGCUAAAUGUGACAUUUUUGCUUCUAUUACUGUAACAUUUUUGAACUGCACAGAGAUGCCGUUUUUCUUUUUGCAUCAUAAUAUCAAUGAACACGUACUGUACCAGUCUGCUACAGUGUUUUAUUUUUUUGUGAAUGUUUACAGUGUUUAAAACUUGUAAAACUUGAAACUCCGUAUUGACAGAUGUGAUCUGGGAACACUGAGCGAACAGUGUUUGGUUUUUCUCCUCCGGUUCGCCGCGUCGUUCCGACGCUGCAGCCGAACGCCAGGAAACCAGAGAGAAGAUCAAAACUUCUACCUGCAGAUUUCUAUGUAUUGGCAGACCGAACUGUCCUCGCAUGUCCAUUUCAUUUUAUUUUUAAACGACUCGAAGCGUUUUCUAAUAGUUGCGUGUUCAGGACAAUGACUGCAUAUUUUAUCUUUUAAAUAAAUACCCUUGACAUGUUG